AUGAAUACGACUGAUAGAACCAUCCAGGAGCCAUUGAGAUCAAUGGGGGCGCAAUUCCAAGGUAUGUCGCUAAGCGAAGUUUCGAGUCCAAAAGUAGGGCAUUCAGGCGUUUCUUUGGCCAAAUCAGGGUCGCUUUUCGAUAACUUGGGCAUCCAGCGGUACGGGUCUCCGUACUUGGGCUCGGAUACGAGGCUUUUCUCAUCACCGCCGCAGCCACAAGUGCAAGUGCUGCCUCAAGUUCAGCCCCAGUUCGCACAGACGCCGGGCUUUAACAAAUCGCCCUCGUCGCUGCCGCUUGAUUGGACACCACAGACCGAGCAGAGACAACAGCCUGGGAACGCAAUGGGCAGGCUGUUUGAUGGCAAUGAGCAUCAAUCCGGUGCUGGAGUUGCGGCGGGGUCUACUGGGGCUGCAGGAGCCGUCGACACGCCUGGUCCCUCGUUCGCUACAAGUGCUACCGGUGUCACAGACUCCCGACCGCCCGGAGUCUUUUCACUGCCUCCAGCGCAGUCCCAGUGGAAAUAUUUUGACACUCAGGGACAAGUGCAAGGCCCCUUUACGUCCCAAUCGAUGUCUUCGUGGUACCAGGCCGGGUACCUGCACGCGACUUUACAAGUAUGCCGUGUAGGUCUAACUCCAGAGCCCUUUGGGGUCAACGAUGCAUUCAUCCCGCUCGGGGUGUUAAUCUCGAAAGUUGGAGAUUUUGUCGAUCCCUUCAGCCGAUUCGAUCUACUUGUCGCACAAAGUGUUGCGCAAAACCAAGUGCCCGUCACAUCUACGGUUGGGCAAGCUCCAGCGAUGAGCUUUUUUGAUCAAGGGAUCAUACAGUCACCCAUGGAACCAACUGCAGUUACUUCGUCAUUGCCACAACCCACGAAUGCCUCUAGUUCACGUCUUAGAUCACCAGAUCACUCGCACGCAGAGAUUCUGGAAAUUAAAGAUUUAGAUGGAGGAUUUUUCCACGAGGCAGUAGCCCAAAUCCCCGUACACAAGUUUACGGAAAAGUUCCAGGAUGCCAACGCUGCUAGAAUUCCAGCCAGAAAUGUUCCUAUCAGAAGCAGUGUUAAACCCAUUGAACCAAUCGUCGACCAUGAUUCGAAGAAGGGCCGGCAGGGAGUCGCUCAAAGAGUGGACAAGGAUCUAGCUGAUGCUCAAGAACUGUUCGACCAGAGAGAGACAUUGAGGCGUCGAGAACAGGAGUUGCGGGAGCUCGCUCAGAGGGAAGAGCAACAUCACCAAGAAGAACAAUUGCGGAAAGUGGAACAGGCCCGUAGAGAAGAGGCUGAUAGAGUCGCACAACAGCUUUUACAGGAGCAAGCCCAAGAAGCACAACGGCAAUUAGAAGAACAAGAGACACAUGAGCGCGUCAGGGCUUUGGAGCAAGGGCGUCUUAUUGAAGAAGAAACCAAAAAACCCGUGUCGCCGGCUUUGCAACCCGCAAAACCUGCACCAUGGGCCAACAACGCUGCUACCCCCGUUGCAAGACCAUCUCUUGCAGAUGUUCAGAAAAGAGAAGCUGCACUCAGUGCAAGCCGCAAGGAACAGCAGGAACAGCAGUCCCGCGAACUUGCGUCCAAGUUGCAGCAGAAAUUGAUCAAUGAGAACAAGAAGCCCGUCAGUAUUGGCUCGAUUGCAACCUGGGCCAGUAAAAAACCUGCAUCCACUACAGCUGUUAAGGAUAACAAACCCGCGUUCAAGACUAUUGAGCAGAUCCAGAAGGAGCAACUCGAGGAGAAAAAGUUUGUUGCUGAACAAAAAAGACUAUGGGAAGAAGCACAGCGUGCUGCCAAACUGAAAAUUGGGACUUCUUCUUCUUCCUUGGCUGAUAAAGAAAACGAAUGGGUGACUGUUACGAAAAAGCAACCUGUGGCCAAUAAAAAUCAAGCAUCCAAAGCGAUUAACCAGCCAAGUUCUUACAUCAAUCCAGACAAACUGCGUUCUGUGAGUGCUGCUGCCGGUGUGAAACAAAUUGGAUCAUCUACAAGUAUUCCUACAUUGAAGAACAAGGCACCCUCAAACGUCGCGUCGACUGUUUUUACAGGGAAUGCGUCCACUUCUGUGCGCCAGGAAUUCUUAAGAUGGUGCAAAUCUCAAAUGAGAUUAUCUGCAGGUGUUGACGUCAAUGGCGUUUUGGAAGUGCUCUUGAGUUUACCGACCGGUGCCGAAUCGAGAGAAAUCAUAGCUGAUACCAUCUAUUCAAACAGUUUGAGCAUGGAUGGCAAGAGAUUCGCCACCGAAUUUAUCAAAAGACGUGUCGAUUGCGAUAAGAAAGUUAACGAUUCACUUACUUGGAGUGAAGCUCUUGCCUUACCCGAGGGUGAUGUCGAUGACUGGGAAUUCCAAGUUGUUGGAAAGAAGAAGAACAGAAGGCAUUAG